AUGGAUGUCAAUGCAAUUCUUUAGGAAAGGAAGCGAUUAAGUAAUUUUUAAAGUAAAUUAGGAAUUCAAAAGGAAAAAAUUAAAGAGUGUUCAUUAUAAAGGAAAUUUAGACAAAAAGAAAAAUACUUUAAUUAAGAAUUGAACGAAAAACUUGAAAAGGACAUUCUGGCUGAAAAAAAACAAUCAUUUUAUAAAUAGGUAUAUAAUUCAAAUGAGCAAUCAAGCUUUUUGAGUAAGACAACAAUCAAAGUCAAGAAAAUUAAGAAAUUAAGCCUAAUUAAAAUCAAAAGCAAAAUAGUUUAGAUAUUAAGAAAAACAUAAACAAAAAAAAAGAAAGAAAAUAAAUGAAAAAAGUGUUUACUUAGAAAAAUGCAAAAGGGUAACCAAUUUUAAAGAACUAUUUAAAUUUGAUGAUCAAAAAAAUAGAAAAAGAAAAAGCUACUAAGAAUUGA